AGUGUAAAGUGAGAACUUUGGUCUGUACUCGAAGUACACUGCAGCACAUUUUAAACAGCAUUUCUUUUUCAACAUGGCAUACGAGUGUAUAGUUAUAGGAGCGGGGAUUCAGGGCUCGUUGACCGCCUACCACCUCGCCAAAAAUAACAAGAAAACUCUACUGCUGGAGCAAUUUGUCCAGCCACAUUCCCGUGGGAGCUCUCAUGGCCAGACACGCAUCAUCCGGAAAGCUUAUGAACAAGACUUCUAUACACACAUGAUGGAGGAGAGCUUUCAGCUGUGGACCCAGCUGGAAAAGGAGGCAGGAGUGAUGCUUUACAGACUGGCUGCCUAUACAGUAUUGAAGAAGAGAAUCCCUCGUGAGCGUAACAGCUGUAAAAUGCGUACUGGCCUGCUGCUGAUGAGUCCAGAGAACGGAAAGAACUUCCAGCUCAUUAAGAGCUCAAUGCAGAGGAACAAGGUUCCCACUGUGGUGCUGGAGAGACUCGAGUUCAGCCAACACAUCCCCAAUGUGAACCUGACGAGUGGAGAUGUUGCGAUUGUGGAAACCACUGCCGGAGUUUUGUACGCAGACCGAGCACUCAGAGCAGCCCAGAUGGUGUUUCAGUCACAUGGUGGUGUAAUAAAAGAUGGAGAGAAAGUGAUUAAUAUUGAGCCGGGUGAUUUAAUCACAGUAACGACAGACUCUGGCACGUACCAAGCUAAGAAUCUGGUAAUAACAGCUGGUCCCUGGGCCAAAACACUUCUCUCCCACACUGGACUGCAGCUUCCACUGCAGGUGCUAAGGAUAAAUGUGUGCUACUGGAAGGAGAAGGUUCCAGGCUCCUACAGCAUCAGUAAUCGCUUUCCCUGCUUCAUCCAGAUGCAGCCAAAAGAGUCAGAGCAUGAUAUCUACGGCCUUCCAUCCAAUGAAUAUCCAGGACUGAUGAAGAUUUGCUGCCACACGGGAUGUGAGACGGAGCCGGAUGAGAGAGACAGACAGACAGAUAGACAGGAUGUUGAUGUUUUGUCCAGUUACAUCAGCCGCUGCUUGCCUGGCAUCGUGCCUGUGCCUGCUGUUGUGGAGAGCUGUAUGUACACGGUCACACCUGACAAGCAUUUUGUCCUGGACCGCCACCCAACCUACAGCAACAUUGUGAUUGGAGCUGGGUUCUCAGGCCACGGCUUUAAGUUUGGUCCAAUUGUAGGCAAGGUGCUGUGUGAGCUGAGCAUGGGCCAGAAUCCUUCCUAUGACCUUUCACCUUUCAGCAUCCAGCGCUUCCAGGGCAGCCCCAAAUGAGAUCAACAAGAUGAAACUAUGAUAUGUAGCAGAAUAUAUAAGAAUACAUUUUUAGUAAUGCAAGACACAAUGCUGAUUUGUCAUGAAAAUUUCAAUGAAAAUGCUUGUAUCUCUACAAUAGAUAAUUUCAAUGAAAUAUACAUAACCAAAUGAUG